GCCAACAGCUGCACCGGUGCUGGCUUGCGUUGAGAACGAGGCGGCCCUUGACACAGACGCAGAUGCAAUUGCUUUCUCAUGCGCCACUGCUGGAUCACAAUACACAUUGCAGACUGACAUGCCGCCGCCCGCUAGGGCAAAACCCAUCAUGGCAAUGGUUUAUGCGCAUCCCAGCAGCCUCCUAGUGCUGUGAGGUCAUCGACCAGGAUGAGAUCCAGUUCCCGCAACUCUCACACAGUGCCACCCGUCGCCACACACCCUUGCCCUGGCCACAGCGGGUUUCGAUUGUUAUCUUUAGCAACCAAUACGUCGACAAGUCGUGAGGCUGCAUGUCGUUCAGGUGUCAUCUGGCUAAUAAUUUUGACGAUAGCUUCUGCUGCCACUACAUUCCCGACACCGACACCGAACUUCAACCACCAGCCCCAGACAUGUCGCGACCACAGAGCAUGCCUGACUUUACAGCCCUCAUGGACUCGACAAAGUCCCUGUUCGAGGCAACAACCACAUCAAAUUUCGAGAAGCGCAUACACAGCCGCCGUACAACGUCGCCAGACCGAAGAUCGCACCAUGGCCGCAAGAGACCCAGUCUCUCGCUCGCAGCGGGAUUGAUGAUGAACACUGAAAGUCCAUUGCUCACGGGGACAAUGUCGCCGCGCAAGCGAAGUGGAAACUACCCAGCCGAAGACAAAGGCUUGGACGUCGACGAGGGUGGUACUCUUUUCUACGCCUAUGCACUGCGAAGCGACUGUCCCUCCUCUCCGCCAUACAUUCUCACAUUCGCCUCGGCUGCCGUGUGUUCGCAAUGGUGGAGCCUUGUGCAGCAGCAUUACCCGUCGUGUGCGCGCCCGAGCCCACAAUUCUUGGUUAUGCGAAGCGAGGACAUGGAGCUCAUAAAAGACGACCUCAAGUUUUUUGAGCUACGAAAUAGAUGGUUCCACACCUCGCAAGAUAGCCCUGCGUGCCCACCAAUUGUCUUGCCACUGCAGUAUGCCAACGGAAUGCCUGCUAUUGCGCCGCCGUCGGCAGAGGAGAAAACAAGCACAUCCGCCAUUGAAAGCCUGACAGAGAGCUUGAAACGACUGACAAGUGUCGUGGAAAGUAACGCAGACCAGGUCCAUGCACUUUCUGUCGCGCAAUCAAUGGGCCUGCAAGCCAUGCAGGAAAUCAAUGAGACCAACAGCAUCCAGAUCAAAGCCAUUUCCGAGUCGCAAGCCAAGCUCCAAGCCCUCGUCGACCAGAACGCCUCACACUACAUCGCUCUUGCGAAUUCGAACUUCAAGACACAAGAACAAAGCAGACUGUCUCAAGAACGCACACUCACAGCACAAGAACAAACACGGGAUAUUCUUGAAACAACAGCGGCACAACUCCAAACGCUAUCCAAGAACCAAGCUGAGCUCUCGCAGACAUGUCACGGAAUGAUGCACAGCAUUGACCUCUUGAGUCAUGGUACCGCAGCCGGCAUUUCAGACACGGCGAGCAAUCACUCGACAUCUUCCAUUUCUGCCAGCACAAUUGCGAGUAGGAUUAGUCCCGGGCCACGCAAGCUCAACAAGAAGAUCAAGGGCGUGUGGUACGAGUAUGACAGUGGGCCUCUGGUACCGGCGGGGGCGCCGAGGAAGAGAGCCGACUCGGUGAAUACGAGUACGCCGCCCAAGAGCCCUGCGGCGCCGAAGCCUGCUUGAGUAGGGAUAAUUCCUUCUCUUUUGUGUUGGAAUGGGGAACUAGGGCGUUUUGGUUAGACGUGUCGGUAUUUGUCGGAUGGCGUUGAGGAAUAUCUGUCGGCUUGUGCUGUUACUGUACAUUGAGCCAGUUUGUGCUCUUUUUCUCAGCAAUGCGUUUUUACUAUGGAGUUUGAGCACCACAUUAACAUGUUUUGUGGAAAGGACCUCGAGUUUGAUCUUUCAGGAUUAUGGAAAAACAUAGUAAGUAAACUGUAGUGUCGCAUAUAGUUGAUAGUCUUGGUAUACAUAUUCUGAUGGAUAG